AUGCCGUCACCACCACAGACCAAACCCGAUGUGGAGACUGAGGACAUCCAGUUGGACCCAAAGUCUUUAGCCGGGAUGCUUGACAAUGACCCAUUUGUCAGGUCCCGCCUCCGCUACAAGGAGCAAGGCAAGUUGCUUCGUUGGCCUGUCGUCAAUGGCGUGGAGAUGGUGGGUCAAAUCGCCAUGCCCUCCAUAGCCCUCAAUGUGCGAGCACUUAGGAUUUUGGCCAAAUAUUGGUGCCCAAAGACCAAGGAAGUUGCCAAGUCCCCCGGGAUUGAUUUGAUGAGGGCUGAGGUGUUCGCGCUGAAGACCGCGGCCAAGUACCCACUGAACGCAAAGCUGCUGCAACAAGAUAGUUGGGGCUUGAAGAAACUAUUCACUUAUGGUUGCAGAAAAGCUGGGUUUGGAAAACCAAAUGAAAAGAGCCCCAACCGCAGGGACCCCUUGGUGAACGACUUCUAUGACGAGCUCUUCCGGCAUUGGCGCCCCAGGGCCCCAGGCCCUGUACCUCUGGUGAACCUAGAGGAUGAGGAUGAGGACCCAGGUGAAGUAGACUCGAGUGAAUUCUAUGAAGUGAAGGAUGAGAUGGUUGAGGACCCCCCCAUGGAAAUGGACCCUUACUAUGCUACUUCCCUGUGGACUGAAGAUGAUCAGGAAGGUGGGCCAGGGAAGGGUGAGUUUGCUGAGGGAAACGAUGAGCCAGGGAAGGGUGAGCUUCCUCAGGGAGGUGAGCUUGCUGAGACAAAGGUGGAGGGUGAUGAGCCAGGGAAGGGUGAGGGAAAGGCAGAAAGGGAUGAGCCAAGGGAGGAGGUGGUUGAGGCAAAGGUGGAGGGAGCCGUGGGUGAGGUGGGGGAGAAGUUGGAGACUCCUAGCCCGUGUGAACCUUUGGUCCAUGGAUCGCCUUGCCAACCUUGUUUGAAGCCAUCGUUUGUCCCGGAGAAAAUGUCCAGUUCUGACAUUGAAGCCCGGAUUGCCAAGUUGAAGCAUUUGCUAGCUUUGCAAAAGGAGAAGCCUAUGUGCGAUGCUGUGGAGACCCAGGCCUAUGAUGCAACCCAGGCAGCAGCUGACAUGCAAGUGGGGUGCCCUGUGAUUGAGAUCGAUGAUUCACUCCCAAUGGGUUCACCUUCAGGAACCGGGGUUUGUCGUUCAUUGGCCCGUGACUUCAGCAAAGCUAACCUGGAGGAACAGAUCACAGGUGAGUCAGAGGAACCCCCUAUGGUCGCUCCCCAGUCAAUUGAGACGAAGGACCCCAUGCCAGCAAAGACCAUUACCGAAUCUGCCCUACAUGAUGUUGGUGGCAGCGCCUUGAAUGGGGUGGAGGGUGCUCCUGGGAAACAACUAGCAAAGCAUACCAGCCCCACAGCAGAACAUGACAAGCCAAAAGAAGAUCUAGAGGUUGCAGCACAGGUUGAAUUGGAAGAAACACAGGUUGGGGAAACUGAAGGUCAGGUUUCGGUGCCAAAGCAAGAGCCGGCUGAGGAACACAAGGGGGAAAAUAUGGAGACGGAGGCAAUGGAACAGGAUGAUGUUCCGUUGGGAGAGGGGGGGCAAGCAGAUCCGCCAGCACCGACGAGCCAAAGCCCUGUGAAAGAACCACUGUCUAAGAAGGUCAAGUCCGAGCCUGCGUUGGGAGAGGGGGGGCAGCAAGCAGAUCCGCCAGCACCGACGAGCCAAAGCCCUGUGAAAGAACCACCGUCUAAGAAGGUCAAGUCCGAGCCUGCAGAAGCCCCCAAAAGCAAUGUCAAAUUGGAGCAGUGUGCACCUCCAGGUGAUGUUUCUGGGGAGCCGCCACUUGUCAUGCGGGUAGACCAAUGGGCCCAAAAACCGAAAGCAAAAGCAAAGCCCACAGCAAAAUGCAAAGCAGCAUCAAAGGCCAAGGCCAAGGCCAAAGCAGGUCGAAAGAAGAAGGUUGAAACAAUUGAGGUUGUUGAAUCAGGUGAUGAAACCCUGGAAGAGGCCCCAGCAGCAAGUUCCCAGGAAAAGCCAGCAGCUAAAGCAAAAGGUGCACCAGGCAGGAAACGGGCUUGCAGCAAAGACAAGGGUGCAGCCAAGGCCAAGGCAAAAUCAAAGGGAAAGGCAGCCCAGGAGGAUGAGAAGGAUGACAAGGAUGAGAAGGAUGACAAGGAUGAUGCAAAGCCCGAUGCUAAGAAAGAACCCCCCAUCAAAUAUAAGCCUGUCACCCAGGAUGGCAAAACUGAUAUCAACACAGCUUUCCAAUGGGACCAGGAGGAGGGGGUGACCAAUGGGGAUGGUGCUGAUUGCCACCCUGGAGAAUGUGAAGAGGGGGGUGCUGAUCCGGGUGAUGAUCGUCGUCCUUUGGAGCCAGCGGUGGGGAAGAAAUCCUUUGCACGCCGGCCUCCUCCCAAAACUUCGCCAGCAAAGGACAGGUACAAUGCUAUCAGGGACAUCUUUGCUUCCCAUGUGGAAUGGUGGGAAUGGUGCAUGGAGAAGUUUGCCGCUGAUGAUUCUUUGACGGAUUGCCCACCCGAGAAGUGGACUGAAGCAGCCACUGCUCAGGUGGAUACGUUCUUGGAGGAGAAUGGCUUGGUUUUUGUUGAUGAUUAA